UACAGUGGUGGGUGCCCUGCACACUGACGAGGGGCGAGCUAUCAACCUGCAGCUGGCGCUGAUGCAGGGCUUCCUGUGGUUGGGUUUGCUCUUCCUGGUGUCACUGGGGAAGGCGUGGAGAGACGGUGUGUUCUCCAAGGUGUGGUCUCUGGUCACCAUAUGUGGUCUCAUUGUCCUAAUGGUUAACGGGCUGGAGAUGGAUCAGAGUGACCUCGGUCUCCAGUUCGUCUUCAACUGGAGUAGUAGUGACCUCGGCCGACCCGACAUCUGGCUCGACGCGUUCGGACAGGUGAUGUGGAGUCUGGGACCAACCUUGGGGCUAGUCAUCUCUCGGGCCAGCUACAAGCGAUUCAGGGACAGGAUCCGUAUGGACGCAUACACAGCGGUGACGGCCAACUUGCUGGUGGCUAUGGUGCUGUGCCUAGCUGUCUUCCCCUACCAGGGCUUGCUUUCACCCUCCACCCACAUUGACAAGAGUGAGUACCAGUGUGAUCAAAUAUAG